AUGGCCUCUCUUGGAGGUAUAAAUGCGACCCAUGAUGCCGCACAGGAGGCGAGCCAAUCGCCAGUUCCUGUAUCGGUUCUCGACUUGCCAUCAGUGGAUAAAGUCCUAUCAGGCCAACCUGAUAUACUGAGCUCACUUGAGUCAAGAAACACUGCCAAAACAGGAUCGGAAGAGCAAGAGACCAUGUUCCGUGCUUUGAAACAUAUCAUUGAAAAUGCCGGGGAGCCGUCUGUCGCGGGAACCAACUUCGAUCUGAAGGCAUUGCAUGCUUCCCUAGAACAAGCAGAGGGAGAGGCACGUCUGGGCAAACGUGAUGCAAAAUCCCUAGAGAGUGUGCUCAAUACACUGCAUCAACUCUGGUCAUGCAAUUCUCCGUUCAUGAGCCAAGCGGCUGAAAUUCUGGCCAAUGGAAGCCGAGAGCAAUCAUGGAGAGUUCCGUUUGGAGAGUCUGGAAUUCUUGAAUUCUUCUUGAAUGUCAUUUCAUCGAAGCUGGAUAUCGAAACGGGAUUGUUGCUUCACUCCUUGCGCUUGGUCGGUAACUCCUGUGCGGACACUGAUGAGAACAGGGCUAUUGUUGUCAAGGGAAAUUAUACUCUUGCCAUAAUUAGGCACUUUCUCAAUCCUGAUUUGAUCAAGGUGGCGAUCCCUGUGAUCUAUAAUAUUUGUAUGGACUACGAACCGGCGCAUGCUCAAAUAGCCGAGAACCGAACAGCGUAUAUCAUUUUGCGACUUCUGAAAGAUCGAGCUGUUGGUGAUAAUGAGGCUUUGCUUAGCUUCUCAUAUGAUCUAGUCGAGUUAGCUUCUGAGCAAGCACAAGGCGUUGAGAACUCACCCGAUGGUACUAUCCUCCUUCUUAUGGAACUUGCAUUGGACGAAAGUAUCGAGUUGGAGCAUUUUACGUCUCUCACGAAUUCUCUUUCUGCGUACAUGGAGAAAGAACAGUUUCAAAAUGCCUGCAUUGCGCACAAAAUGGUGGAGACUCUACUGUCUGUUCUGAACCAGUCAUUUUCUAUCGAAUUUGAUCCUUCUUCUCAAGAAGACGUUCAGUCCCUGGCUCAAUCACGUCUCAAAAUCAACCAGGCAUUGGCCGAGGUCUCUGCAUCUUCCCUAUUUGCAGAAAAUUAUCCCCUGGAAUCUACUCUUUCACAGACUCUCAAAUCGUGGAUUCGCGCUAAGGAAGAUCAACUCCAAAUUUGCGCUUGUGUGAUGUUGGGUAACCUGGCUCGAUCUGACGAGGUCUGCGAGGCAAUGAUUCGGGAUUUGAAAAUUCACGAAGAGCUGAUUGCUGUGCUUCAAAGCGAUGCUCGAGGCGCCGUCCUACAUUCCGCUCUGGGAUUCUUGAAGAACCUGGCAAUCGCUGGCGACAAUCGUUCUUAUUUAGCCGAGGCAGAGAUCAUUCCCGCCGUCUCGAAACUAUGGGCUUUUGAAUCUGUCCCACAGGUACAGUUCUCCGCUGCAACCAUCGCACGUCAAGUCAUCAUCUCUUCUAUAGAGAAUAUCUCAAGACUGUUGGCUCCACUCUCGGACGAUGUUGAUUCUCCCGCCAAUCGACGCACGUAUCUGUCCUUAUUACUUGCACUCUUCGAGGCGACAGAUUCCGCACCCAUCAAGACAGAGAUUGGACGUACCGUGGCUUCCAUUUGUCGGACUCUCACUCCUAAGGUCCGUGAUGGAGACGAACAAGCAACCUCUUUACUGGACACUUUUUAUGGCUUGCAUGAGGGUGUUGCUCGUCCAGUUGGUGCAAUGAUUACGCAGUCUCAGUGGCCAGUUGUUCGAAGUGAAGGAUGGUUCGCAUUAGCUCUGAUGGCAAAUAACAAAUCUGGCUGUGCGGCAAUUGCGGAUUGCCUCCAAAACGAGGAAGUCUCGGAGCUGCUCCAGAAGACACUCAGUGAGAAGUUGGAUGAUGAAGCCACAGAGAAAACUGAGGAGUCCCAAGCGAAGAAGGAUCGAGACAAUGUGUUUGUUCUUGUACAGGAGCUAUUGAAGAAUGAGGGCGGUGCACUACCAGCUGGGUAUAGAGAUAUUAUGGAGGAUCUAAUCAGCAAGCAGUCUUCUAAGCAUUUGACAGAUUGA